GUCGUGACCCGGUUCAACCGGCUGCGGCAGGAGCAGCGCGGGCUGGCGUCCAAGGCGGCCGAGCUGGAGCUGGAGCUCAACGAGCACAGCCUGGUCAUCGAGACGCUGCGCGCCGUGGAGGCCGCGCGCCGCUGCUACCGCAUGGUGGGCGGCGUCCUGGUGGAGCGCACGGUCAAGGAGGUGCUGCCCGCGCUGGAGAGCAACAAGGAGCAGAUCGGCCGGCUGCUGGAGACGCUGACGCAGCAGCUGCAGGCGAAGGGCCGCGAGCUGAGCGACUUCCGCGAGCUGCACAACAUCCGUCUGGUGGGCGAGGAGGAGCCGCGGGCGCCGCGCGACGCCGCCGACGCCGCCAAGGCCGCCGCCGCCGGCGUGCUCGUCUCCUAGGCCCGCGCCCCGGCGCUCAGCGUCGCUCC